AUGUAUGCAGAGAGGAAAAAUUUCAAGUAUCUAAAAAACGAAAAAGAACUCUCAAUUUACAGCCACUUCCAGCAAGGAACGCGUCUGUUUGGACAAUGCAUAGUUUCAUUGCCAACAAAUGAAAUAGCCCAUGAUUUUCCCCUUUUCUUUCGUGUCUCCAAAGAUGGCAGAGUCGAAAGAUUUCAUAACUAUGUCUAUGCCCAUCCAUCAGAUAAUUGUAAUACUGGCGUUCGAUCUAAAGAUGUCAAUAAUAAUUCAGCCCGCCUUUAUCUUCCCAAAAUAACCGGAAAAAAACAAAAGUUUCCUCUCCUUAUGUACAUCCAUGGUGGAGGUUUUUCAAUAGAAUCAACUUUUUCAUCAGGGCAUGAUAAGUACCUACAAUCUAUAGUUACUAAGGCCAAUGUGGUGGCACUAUCCGUUAAUUAUAGACUAGCUCCAGAACACCUUUUACCAACGUGUUAUGAUGAUUCUUGGUCCGUCAUUAGAUGGACAUCUUUACAUGUUGAAAUGUGUGAUCAUUUCAUAUUAACAGAAGAAACAGUUAUGGAGCCAUGGCUCAAGGAUCACGUCGAUUUCUCACGUGUUUUCUUGGCUAGUGAGAGUGCGGGUGCAAAUAUUGUACAUGACAUGGUGGUUCGAGCAAGUGCUAGUGAAAAGCCACUAGGGGAAAGUUUUAAGAUUGCUGGAAUAGCAUUAAUCCAUCCAUUUUUCGGUAACUAUGAAGUUGAUAAGUAUUGUUCGUUUGUUUUUCCAGAGUGUGAAGGGCUCGAUGUUCCGAGGUUGAAUCCAGCGGCUCAUCUUAGGUUACUAUCAAGUCUUAUUUGUCGAAAGGUUAUAGUUUUUACUGCGGAAAAGGAUUUUCUAAGAGAGAGGAGUUUGACUUAUUAUGAUGCAUUGAAGAAGAGUGGAUGGAAUGGUGAGGUUGAGAUUAUGGAGACACAAGGGGAGGAUCAUGUUUUUCAUUUGCUUGAACCAAAUUGUGAGAAGGCUGGUCUAUUGAUGAAAAGGCUAGUUGAGUUUUUUAAUGAGAAGAUUUGAAAAAUAAUGUUUGUUUGAUUUUCA